UAUAAAAAAAAUUAAUUAUAAUAAUAUAAAGUUACAAUCACAAAAUGCAUCAAAUCAAAAAAAGAAUGAUUUUUGAGCUAAUUGUAAGUAAAAUUUUCUCUCUCCACAUUAAACUUGGAGUACCCACAUGCCUUUCACAGGCUGUACUAGUUCCUUCUCUCUCUACCCGUUCGUGCGCGCCUACUUUUCUUAUAAUUAAAUUCUCCCUCUCUUUCUUAACCACCCUUUAUAACCCCUUCAUUUUUCCAACUCUAUUCCAUAAACUUUUCCACUUCAUUUUCUCUACAAAUACUUCUCCAUUUUCUCUACACUACUCUAUCAAUAACAACAACACAAAUCUAAACUUAAAACCACCUCUCUUGCAAAUUUAAAAGACAAUGGGGAGAUACAGGCGUACAGUUUCGUUCCCGAACCCGCCCACACCACCCGUCCGGCCAUGUGCUAAUAAGGGCCUCCACGUCCGAUCAGCCUCCUUGCCUUGUGUCCGAUCCCAUCCGUUGAUCCCGCAGCUCCAGGACGAGGUUACCGAGCUGCGGGCUUGGGAACGGGCCCGAUCCGGGCCUGGAUCGGGCUCGGUUGUUAACGGGCUGGCGCGUUUGAAGGGUGUCCUAGACUCCCUUGACGAUGUGCUUCAGCUGCCCUUGACGCAGGACUCUUUAUCUACAAAGACUGACGUUGUUGAAAGGCUUCUAGAAGACUUUCUCCGUUUCGUCGACGUUUAUGGAAGGUUUCGGGCCUCCAUGUUGGGCCUCAAGCAGGAGGUUUCCGCUGCCCAAGUAGCCCUCCGUAGGAAGGACGACUCCAAGCUUGGGCAAUACAUCAAGGCUCAAAAGAAAAUCGCUGGCGAAGUGAGCAAGCUCAUCACCACCAUCGGAUCAGUCCCCUUGCAGCAACCGACACCCGUAAACCCCGCCGUCAUUGCGGUGGUGUCCGACUACGACGACGAGCUUAGGCACGUGAUCAGGGACGUGCAUCGGUUAACGGCCUCCGUUACCGAGGCAGUUUUCGGGUCGGUGUCGGGCUUUCCGGGCCGAAGGCCCGUGUGGGCAAGUUUCGGGCUCGGCCGGAAGGCAAGGAAGGAUGAACAAGGGAUGAUUGAGGAGUUUCAAAAGGUGACAGGAGGAGUGGAGGAUUUGUUAGAGUUGAGAAAAAACAUAAAGAAAAAAAAUAGUAAUAACAAUAAUGAAGAGGAAGUAAUGAGAAUGGGAGUUUUGAAGGGAAUGCAAGAAUUGGAGGAUUGUAUUGGAGAAAUGGAAAGAGAAAGUGAAAGAGUGUUUAGGAGUUUGAUUAGUACAAGAGUAUCUCUCCUAAACAUUCUAACUCAUGCAUAGAAGAAGAAAAAGAUGAUAUAUCUUUUACUACAUUUCCUUGGAAUUGAUAUUUGACAAAAAAUAUUUACUAAUUUCUUUGAUUUCCCCCUUAUUUUUGGUGAUUGUAAGAAAGUAAAAAAAUAAAAAAGGAUGGAAAAAAAAAAUCAAAGAGUUAGAAAAGAAUUGAUGAGGCCAUACUUUAAUUUAUUUUUUUAACUAUUUUUUUUUUCACUUGUAAAUCAAAGUCAUUCUUUAUAUACACACUAGAUUUACUAUACACUUGGUAUAUUAUUUGAUUAUCUUUUAUGUUUUUCGUUAAUUAUAGAGCAUUAUCAACAAUUUUGUAGCAUUGUCGGCAAUUGGUAAUGGAUAAUUGUAGAG